GUCAAAAUCCAAGAAGCAGCGCAGCAUGGGGGCCGUGUUUGGUAAGAUCAGCGAGGAAACACCUCAUUUUGAGAGCCUCGGGCGCAUCGGGCCGAACAAGGACAUUGAGAUCCGCCGCUACGACCCCAUCUACACAGCGUCGGUGUCGUCGACGGAUGUCCCGGACGCGACGACGACGCGAGAAUUCACGCGGGUCGCCUUCGGCUCCCUCGCGCGGUAUAUUGGCGUGUUUACCGCCCCUGAAAACAAGCCGCGGUCCGGGGAAAGUGGCCCUGGCGAAGCCAUGGCAAUGACAGCCCCAGUCAUCAUGGCUUCGAUUGAAAACAACAAAGCGGGUGGAGGCGAGCCAAUUGCGAUGACAGCUCCUGUCCUCCUGUCCCACAGCAACGUAGACGAAACAAUGAGCUUUAUUUUGCCGUCCAAGUUUGCCAAAGAAGGCCAAGAGCCUCCGAUUCCACUCGACUCGAAGGUCCACAUCACCAAGGUCGCGUCCCGCGUGCUCGCAGUCAAGACGUUCACUGGAGAACUCACGAAGGAGGUCGCUGCGACCGUGGCCGCCGAAAUCAUUGGCGUGCUGGAGCUCCAGGGCAAGUACAAAAUCAAGCGCAACGAUCAAGGGCUUCCUGCGUGGGAGUACAUGGGGUACAACUCCCCAUUCACGCUCCCGUGGUGCCGAACAAACGAGUCUGCCGUCCUCCUCGAGGCCGUCCCCACCGAGUAAACGUUCUGCGCAAUCUCGUAAGCGUCCCAACAAGUCGUAUUGCAUUGUGUGGCAUGUUACGCGUCGUGCCGCAUGGACUGGA